AAGAUAUUUCUGCUGAACCUCAUAGCUGUAAAAGAGUUCCAUUUCCUUCCCAUCUUCAUCUUACUUUUUAUAAGCAUUAAGUGAUAGGGUUAUACAGUUCUUAGUAAAACUAAUGACGCUUUCAGUUUCAUCAAUGUUGUGGCAGGUUGUGGUAGCAAGAAGUGAUGCUUCUCUACUUGCUGAGGAGUAUUGGCAAUCGGUGUUACCAAACACUCCUAUAUCAAAAGCUUUGCAAGAACUUCUGGUACCAGCAGAUGUAGAAAACAAAAACACUUCUCCAGAUAUUCCGAACUGGAUCCUAUACCAAAAAUUUACAGUCCUCCUAAAUUUGUAUAUGGUAAAGCAUCUAAUAAAUCUGAUGAAAUUGCCAACACAACAACUAUAUUCUUCUUGUACAAGGAUCUCCAUCCUGGUAAAAAGGAUGAACCUUCUUUUCACCAAAUUUCCAGACAAAGUCAGUUUUUUGCCUCGCCAAGUUGCCAACUCCAUACCCUUUUCAAGCAAUAAAUUACCAGGAAUUAUAGACCGCUUUUCUAUAAACACCAAGUCCGCAAAAGCCAACUUGAUGAGACAAACACUGGAAGAGUGCGAGUCCCCAAAGGUUAAUGGAGAAGAUAAAUUCUGCGCGACAUCUUUGGAAUCGUUAGUAGAUUUUGGAGUUUCUAGACUUGGAAGAAACGUUAUAAUACUUUCUAAUGAGAUAGAUCAAGACAAUAAAAAGCAAGAGUACAGCAUUUUGACGGGAAUCAAGAUGGUGGGAGAUAAGCAGAAUGUCUGCCAUAAGGAAGUAUAUGCAUAUGCUGGUUUUAUUGUCAUGCGUUAUCUGCUACUAAAGCUUAUACGGUUCCUUUAGUGUGGGUUCUGAUGCCACAAAAGCAAAAGCGUUAGUUGUCUGCCACUUAGAUACAUCAUAUUGAUAUCCAAAACACAUGGCUUUUGUCUUGCUUAAUGUUAAGCCAGGAGGACCUCCCAUUUGUCACUUCCUCAACACUGAUACCAUUGUAUGGUUACCCAAUUAAGCUAUGGAUGCCAGGAUGGGUAUAAAGUCAGUUGCUAAUA